CAUGCCAAAAAAGUGUGGGCACCCCUCCCUUAGACUUACCUGAAGAUAUUAAAACCUUCACCUGUUAACAUGUAAAAGAAUAAAAAUAAAAAAAUCACAUAUUUACUUUCUUCUGUGGUUAGAAGCAUAUUUUAACAUCUGCUUAAUUGGUAGAUACAUUUUGUUUUCAGAUGAAACUAGUAUUUUUUUCUCGACAAAAUUUUACACGUCAGUUUGUGAAUAUAUUUUGUUUUCAGAGGCUAUACUGUUACUUUACAAAACAGGUAUGUGUCAAGGUUGAUCUUUUGGAGCUUGUCGUCUCAAAAGUAGCAUGCCAAAAAAGUGUGGCCACCCCUGCUCUAAAAUAAUACAGGUUAUGUCUUCUAUUGUGAGCUCUGAGUUCAGCCAGCAGGCUGUUGCAGGUGGACAGAGAUGCAUUAUUGAAGCUUUUGUGUUGAUGCUGUAUUGUUGGACUGGCCAUUGAUUGUCAGUGGGGGGCUGGGUUUUGCAGGGGGGGUUGAGCUUGAAUUGUGUGUGCUGACACUGAGCUUCUGGGAUGACAUUCAUUGGGAUGAGUGGUGUGAACAGAACACAGAGAGGAUAAGCAACAAAGAGAAAAACUGAAAUUGCUACAAAGACACAGUACUGGCAACGAGCAGAAACGGACUGACAUGGAACCAGGAAGAAUGAGACAAACUUGGGAAUAUCAGUAACAGGAUAGCGUGAGGGAACUUCCUUGAACAUGGACUAACCUGGAAGUCAUUACAAACGCAGGCAAACAUAGAGUGGACCAACAUCACCAUGCAGGAGUCUCCAGGUGCCGUGGGUGUAGAUGGCAGCUAUUCCAGCAAUGUUCCUGCCUUUCUCACCAAGCUCUGGACACUGGUUGAAGAUCCGGACACCAACCACCUGAUCUGCUGGAGUGCUACCGGAACCAGUUUCCAUGUGUUUGACCAGGGACGCUUUGCCAAAGAAGUUCUGCCAAAAUACUUCAAACAUAACAACAUGGCAAGCUUUGUUCGACAGCUCAACAUGUAUGGUUUUCGUAAGGUGGUGAACAUUGAGCAGAGUGGUCUGGUGAAGCCAGAGAGAGAUGAUACAGAGUUCCAGCAUCUGUACUUCCUCCAGGGCCAUGAACAUAUGCUGGAGCACAUCAAGAGAAAGGUAUCCAUUGUGAAGAGCGAAGAGACCAAAGUUCGUCAGGAGGACCUCAGUAAACUGCUUUAUGAAGUCCAGCUGCUUAGAACACAGCAGGACAACAUGGAGUUUCAGAUGCAGGACAUGAAGCAGCAGAACGAGGUUCUGUGGAGAGAGGUGGUGUCACUGAGACAGAACCACACACAGCAACAGAAAGUCAUGAACAAGCUGAUUCAGUAUCUGUUCAGUCAAAUGCAACCCAACUCACCCAGUAAUGUGAGCCUGAAGAGAAAGCUGCCUCUAAUGUUGGACGAUGGCCCCCCUAGCCCCUCUGCAUCAAAGUUCAGCCAUGCUCACCAGAUGGAGUCCAUGCACGAGUCCUUCUACAUUCAGUCUCCAUCUAGUGACACAGCUUCCUGCUCAGGGAGCGUGCUGACAGGAGGGCCGAUUAUAUCAGACGUAACCGACCUUUCUCAGACUGGAAUGGCCCUGCAGAUGCAGCCUGAUGAGAGCAGAGAAAAUUGCAUGGUGCUCAUCAAAGAGGAGCCUGCGAGUCCAGGCAUGAGACCAGGUGGGAAGCGAGACAGCAUGGGAGGGGGAGAAGAGGUCAUGUCACUGACCUCCACUUGUGAGGUGUGCUCCGAACCUCCUGUUCUCCCCGUGGCAAUGGUACAGUCUGUUCUGGAGGGAAGGAGUUCAAUGAUGGAGAGGAGGAGCAAGAGACUUGCCCUCGAAAGAGCCGAGGUUCCAGAUAGUGCGGAGAAUGUGGACAUGAGCCUGGAGGAGCUGCAGCAGCUGCUGCUCAGGAACCACCACCAGGGGGCAGUGGAGUCUGGCACUGUCAUGGACCCCUUCAGUUUAAAUCUGCCUCUGACUGAAUGGAACUUCUCAGAGAUGGAAUCCAACCUGAAAUCUUACAUGUUCCAGAACCAGGAGGCAGAAGCGUUUCCAGCUUCUAACUGCGAGGAGCAGUGACUCUGUGCCAUGAAGAUUAAGACCACAGAUGCUGCCGUUACGCUCUUUCUUCCAUUCUGAAUGACUUUGACACUUCACAUGUCAAAUUGUCUCCAAAAAAAACAACAAACGAUGACGUUUGGUUGCACAUCAACACGAUGGGACACCACUGCGAGCCCAGCCGCAUGCAGAAGGUCCACUCUCGGCUCGUGCAAUUUAGUCUUUGUGUGAGAAAGAGUUGAUGCUUGUAGAAGUGACUUUUACUUCCUUUAAAGAAAUUUCACUAAUGUGUAACAAAAACAAGCUAGGUUUUUUUUAUUAUUUUAGCUUUUGUAUUACAGAACAACUUUAAGUGAAAUAACUGGACAAUGCAGUUUAAAUAACACAUUUUCAAUUAAAUAUCAAAAGAAGGAAAUUGUUUCAGAACAUCACAGGCACAUUAGACUUUGUGAUAGAAGCGGUUCCUGGUAAACAGUUGGAGAAAAAGCUCAGAUUUCUAUUUUCAUUGAUGUUUACCACACUUAAACAUUCAUUUCAUGUUUCUUUGCACAGAUUUGACAUGUAGCAGGAUGUUCAGUGCCUUCUCUUUUGUCAAUUUAAAUGUAAAGUUGUAGGGGAAUACAAACUCACUUUCAUUUUACAAACACAUGAACACUACUGCACUUUUGCACGAUUUCUAGGAUUAGUUAGACAUAUAACAGGCCAAUUUUUAUAGAAAAACAACAAAUAGUCAAUUCACGUGGCGGACUGAAAUGUUUUUCUUUUUUAGCUUCAUUUUAAUAUUUACGUUCCUGAAGCUACCGAGAGGCAUUCAUGACUUAAAAUGCAACACAACCACCUUUAAUGAAUACACACAUGAAUACAUGAAAGAAAACAUCUAAUACUCGAAUGUCUUUAUAUGCCGGACAUACAUGCAUGGAGUGGUUACUUGAGCUUUAAACCUGUGAUAUAGUUGUGACUAUUGAUUUCAGUAAUGUGUAUAAACUUUAUUUAUACAAGGAAUUGCUAACUGCCAUUUAAGUCAAAUGUGAACGCUCAGCACUGGUUGCAGGCAACAGUUUCACUAGGGCAACUUCUUGGAAAAGCCGCCUGACGAUAAGUUGUGCAAUAUUGUACCGAACUGUGAGGAAACGGCAAUACACCGAUGACCGUAGGAAUGUAGGAAGCAGCAGCUGUGUAAGGUUAAUGGGGUUCAAUUCCAACGUAAUGUUAGCCUGUUGAUUUGUGAGGGGUUUCUACUACCACGGUAACCAAACAGAAAACAGCUUUUUUGGAAAGGGAUAAAGCCUUGGUCAUAUGCACCCAAAUGGGGGUUGACCCCUACUGGUCCUGCUGAUUUUUGGGUUAUCCGGGCCCUUGGCGGGUUAUACAAAGGAGGGGUUGCAUCUUAAUGGGAGUGUAGGUGUAUCCCUUAAAAUUUCCCUUAAAACUUGUGCACCCACCUUAAGGGACAGCACAAAAAUGGAACGUAGGAUUGUCGUGUCUAUGCAAAGUGUAUUAGGAAGUAUUUGUAAGGCAAAUGUAUGUUGUACGCACUCAUGACGUACAAGCAAUGCUGUCCUAUGGUGUCCUUACAUCAAACUCUAGUCAUUGAUAAAGUGCUAGCACUGGCUCGUUACUGACCACGUGCAAAUGCUGCACCCAUGGGGUGUGUCCGUAAACCUAAGUGUCCGUAAGCAUUUCUUAAUCACGCACUUAUGACGUGAACAGCCCUAACUUACCCCUUGCACAGUGUGCAGGAUUUGAGGGGUUGACAAGAUGGGCAAUCUAUGAUGUGCCUGCGAAUCAACUACUUCACUUACCCUUGCAUGUUGUGUAAGUGUUCGUAAUGACCUGUUUCCCGUACUAUUCCCGUCGAAAAGAAAUGUGCCUGAACAUUUUCACUCUACAGGUUUAUCAAGCGAUCAACGGCCUCUCUGCUUGUGGGCCACCCUAUGGCCAACACAGGUUUGCCAAUUUUUCGUCCGGAGACAGCCGGUAUCCACCAUGAAGGGCAGUUGUGACCAAGGCUUGAGAUUAUGUACGUUUUCAUACUGUAGCUCAUUAACUACUGGAAGUGUAGUAAAGACAGAUCUGAAUCCUUUUGUAACAGGCCACCUAGUAGUACUUUAGUAACUUGCAUCAAUUGAGGCUGCAAAAUUUUGCUUCUAUGAUAAAAUGAAACCGAAUCAUACUGUUGAAAAACUACGUUUCUACCACUUUAGCUGAUUUUCUUAAUGUUUUUAAAGAGGGAAAAACAGAUGUAUCCAACAGAAGGAGCUCCAAAUGAACAGACUUCUCAUGGUUUACAGGCCAACAUUUAUGUGAUAGACCCUCCAUCUCUGUUGAAACAAAAUAAAACGGUGAUCUGUGGUGUAUGAAAAAUGAAAUUGCACUAAAAAAAAUAAGGUUGUAGUAAAUCCGAUUUUAGAUAUAGAAUUUAUUUCUGUUCCUCACCAUGAGUGUUAAAGAUUUUUUUGGAGGAGUGAUGAAUACACACAUUCAACUGCUGUUGUGUUCCAAUUUAAUCUGUUUUUCCAUUUGAAUAUUUUGCACUGAAAUGAAUGGAUGUGUGUUGAAAUUAAUUUUGCUCGUCGGGUUUGCAGAUAGUUCAGGAGAUAUUUUUGUUGAAGGAGUGAAAGGAUCUUUGCUUUAGUGAAGCCUGGCAUCACAAAAGCACACAGAGAACAGUUAGUGUGAAAUCCACAUAGAAAACAAGCUCUAUGAGCUUUGUAACAAACAAAACUAAGGAAAUAAAUAAUCCUUUAUCGGUAAAGACUGAAAUUUGGGUGCUAUGGAAAAUGGGCUGUAAUUUGCUGAACAUGUCAUUUUAUUUUCUUCCUUUUUAAGACUAAAGUGUUGUUACGGAGAGUCAAAGACACUUAGCAUGUAAUCAUCUGUUUAUGAAAUAUUCAACUGGUUAAUGCAAAUAAAAAAUAAAACCAGAUUCUUGAUUGUUUCUUUCAAAGAUUAUUUUUGAAGGCGUUUGUUGAUCUUGAAAGUUGGCUAAUGAU